CUUACCUACCCCACAUUAGUUCAUUAAAGAUACGAAAUUCCUCCAUACCUACCUUAAACUCCUCAAACUUAUCUAUUUGACUUUUCACUUUUUCACACAUAUUCCUUCUUGUCUCAAGAAAUGAAUAUUGAAGAACCUCUUUAACUUUGAAGAACAAUAAAUUGGAGAAUUUGACCAAGUAAGUUUAUCCACAUUCUGUAGUCUUUAUUUAGUUGUGAUUCUUAGAUAUUGAACAUAAUUUAUUAUUUUUAGCAAAUGGUUAGUGAUUAUGUUUUUGGUUUGUUGUUGGUUUGUUAAGAUAAAAAUGACCAUAAUGUAUAUCAAUUGAUUACCACGAUAUGUGAAAAUACUUACCACAAACUAUGAUCCUAUUUGAGCAGAUUUAGAAUUAUCUCCAUAAUAUGUUGUGUUUUUUACCACUAGAUAUGAAAACACUUAGCACUGAUUGUGGUCGUAUUUUACCAGAUUCAAAAAGAUGGAUGAUAGUUUGAAAGGGAAAAAUGUAGUGAUAGACAUUAGUGAUGGCGCUAGUGAUGAUGACGGACAUAGCGAUGAUGAUAGAUAUGGUGAUGAUGAUGGAUAUGGUGUUGAUGACGGACUUGACGAUUAUCGGUUGGAUGAAUUAACGGAAGAAGAUGUUUAUGAAAUGAUAUUCGAUUCGGACGAGGAUGGAGAAAGAUUCUAUAAUGCAUAUGCCAAAGUGAAAGGCUUUAGUGCUGCUGGAUGGUCAACAAAUCCAAAUAGUGUUCAGGCCCAGAUCCUAAGCAGCAACUUUGGAGGAUGGUCAACAAUUCCCGGCAACGGUUCUGAAGGGUAAAUGUAAUCGUAUGUAGUUUGAAAAUGUAGUAUGCAGUUUGAAAAUGUAAUCGUGACAUUUGUUUCAUGUAAUGUCUUUCAUUUGUAAUUGUAAGAACAUUCAGUAUUCGUGAAA